AGUCGUCUCUCGGACGCCAAGCCGAACGCACGCACGGGCAGCAGGAGCAACACGCCGCCGGCGACACACACCGGCAGCGAGAAGCACGCGCGCGCGCUCCGACCCGACCGGCGUCAACUCCCAACUCGCCGCCGACACGCGUGUACCGUCAACAAUCGUGUCAGACGCGUGUGCGUUCCGUGACCUCCGCGAGUGACGUUGAGUGAAGUGACAUGUGCGAGUGAGUGAGUGUCCAAGUCUGCGACAAGUGAUCCUUCUCUCUCUCGACCUCACCCGGACAUGGGGCGUCUAGAAGCUGCCCGCCGACGCUACGCCGCCCCGCUAAAAGGUGCGGCGGGCUGACACCCCCAGCAUGGCGGUGCCGUUGGCGCGCGCGGUGCCAUGGGGCCCGUGGUGAUGCUGCUCCCCUACCUGCCGCUGCUCCUGCUGCUGCUGGUGGCGCCGGCGCCCGGCCUCGCCGACUGCCCGUCCCUCGCCGAGAACCAGCUAUGCCCGUGCUACUCGUUCGAGGGCGCGCUCUUCCUCGAGUGCCAGGGCGCCUCGCUGGCGUCGCUGCGCGCCGUCCUGCAGCUCGUCUCGGAGCCCGUCAAGUCGCUGAGCGUGUACGAGCUGGACGUCGGCGUGACGGCGCUCACCGCGGACCUCUUCCCCCCGGGGGCCGUGGUGCACAACCUGCAGAUCUCCAACUCGAACCUGGAGACGCUGAGCGAGGACGCCUUCGCCGGGCUGCGGCCGCACCUGGCCUCGCUCAGCGUGGCGGCGGGCCGACUCCAGCAGGUGCCGCGGAAGUCCCUGGCCGGCCUCACCGAGCUGCGCCACCUGGACUUUGAGUCCAACCAGAUCGGCGACCUGCCGUCGUACUGCUUCCACGGCCUGCAGCUCACCAAGCUCAACCUCAAGGGCAACAUGCUGAACCGCACUUCUGAGUACUCGUUCGCGGGCCUCGAGGACUCGCUCACCGAUCUUGAUCUGGCGGAGAACAAGUUACGCACCUUUCCGAUGAUGGCCUUGCGCCAGAUGGUGCGGCUGCAAAGCCUGCGUCUGGCUUGGAACGAGGUGGCCUCCAUCCCGGACGACGGACACUCGGAGCUUCGCGCGCUGCUGUUCGUCGACCUGAGCUCCAACAGCUUCGAAGACUUGCCGAGCGACGCGUUUCGGCCCAUGCCCGCGCUCAAGACCCUCACGCUGUACUACAACGCCAUCGGCUCGGUGCACCGCGACGCGUUCCGCUCGCUGCGCGACCUCGAGUCGAUCGACUUGAGCCACAACAAGAUCGUCCUGCUGCACGCCGAGACCUUCCGCGCCAACAAGCGCCUGCGCUCCGUCGACCUGAGCCACAACCACGUGCACCACAUCGGCGGCGUGUUCGAGCAGCUUCCCGAGCUGCGCGAGCUGUUCCUGUCGGAGAACAACAUCCUGGAGGUGCCCGGCAACGCCUUCACCGACUCGUACAUGCUCACGGUCGUGUACCUGCAGCAGAAUGCCAUCCGUCGGCUGGACGCGCAAGCGCUGGCCACGCUGCCCAACCUGUCGCAGCUGCACCUCAGCAAGAACUACCUGACGGCGGUGCCGCGCGAUGCGCUGGCUCGCAGCGAGAAGCUCACGUCCCUCAGCCUCGACGACAACCGGAUCGCGAGGCUCGAGCCCGGCACCUUCACGCGCGCGCACGCGCUGCGCGAGCUCCGCCUGCAGAACAACAAGCUGACCGAGAUCCAGCUGGGCGUGUUCGAGCCACUGCCGCACCUGCUCGAGCUCCACCUGCAGAACAACGCGCUGGCCUCGGUGGCGCCGGGCGCCUUCCGCUCGCUGCAGAGCCUGCAGCACGUGAACCUGCAGGGCAACAACCUGGCCUCGCUGGGCGACGUGUUUCUGCACGACUCGCACUCGCUCGUCUCCAUCCAGCUGGAGGCCAACAGCCUGGCCGGGCUGCACAACGAGUCGCUGCGCGGCCAGUCGAGCGUGCAGAUCAUGUGGCUCGGGCACAACCGGCUGACGCGCGUGGGCCGCGCGCUCUUCCGCGACCUGUCGCAGAUCCAGCGCGUGUACCUCACCAACAACAGCAUCUCGGCCAUCGAGGACGGCGCCUUCCAGCCCAUGCGCGCGCUCCGCUUCCUGGACCUGAGCAUCAACCGCCUGGCCAACGUGUCGACGCGCACCUUCGCUGAGCUGCGCGAGCUCGAGGAGCUCAACCUGGCCGGCAACGGGCUGCGCGCCAUCGAGUCGGGCUCCUUCGCCUCGCUGCAGAAGCUCAAGGCGCUGGACCUGUCCGACAACGUGCUGCCCGCCCUGGCGGAGGGCGUGUUCGCGGUCGGGCUGCCCCUCGAGUACCUCAACCUGCGCAACUGCUCGGUGCGCCGGCUCGAAGGCGGCACGUUUGCGGGGCUCACGAGCCUCCACGAGCUCAACCUCGAGGACAACCGACUAGAUGCGCGCGCGCUCCUGGACCUGCACGUGCCCACCCUCAUCGUGCUGCGCGCGUCGGGCAACGACCUGAGCGGCUUCCCGGCCAAUGCGACGCACGGCCUGCCCAGCCUGGAGCAGUUGUGGAUGGACCGCUGCAACGUGACGGCCCUGCCGCGGGGCUUCCUGGCGGAGAACCGCCGUCUGCGGAGGCUCGACCUGUCCGGCAACGCGCUGUCUACCCUCGACGUUGACCUGUUCGACGCGGUGGACAACCUCCGCGAACUUCGGCUCCGCGGCAACCGCUUCACCAGUGUGCCGUACGCGGCGCUCGCCAACAUGACCAGCUUGGAGUUGCUCGACAUGUCCGGCAACCGGCUGACGGCGCUGGACGCGGGGCGGCUCGCGGGGCUACACAGCCUGCGCGACCUCGUGCUCAAGGACAACGCCAUCGCGGCCCUGGACGGCGCGUUCGCCGCCGAGCAGACGCGGCUGCAGCUGCUGGACCUGAGCGGCAACCAGCUGUCGGCCGUGCCGGUGCACUUCCUGCACGCGGCCGGGUCGCUGCGACAGCUCGACCUGUCGGGCAACCGCUUCCUGCACCUGCCCGGCGAUGCCGUGUCGGAGCGCAACCUGCCCGCGCUGCAGUGGCUCAACCUGACGGCCAACCCGCUCACCACCAUCCACGACCCCACCACGUCGGCGGCGCCCGGCCGGUUCCCCGCGCUGCAGGAGGUGCACAUCAGCGCCACCAACCUCACCAUCAUCACGAGCACGGACUUUGACGAGUUCCCUGCGCUCCUGCACCUGUUCCUUGGCCGGAACCACGUGGCGCGUGUGUCGCCCGGCGCGUUCCGCUCCGUGUCCAAGCUCCUCACCCUGGACCUGAGCCACAAUGUUCUCGAGAUGCUGCCGCAGGAGCGACUCCAGGGCCUGCGCUUCCUGCGCGUCCUCAACCUGACGCACAACCACCUCAAGGACCCGGACGAGUUCCCCGCCGACCUGCAGUCGCUGCAGAUCCUUGACCUGUCGCACAACGAGGUGACGCGGGUCACCAAGAAGACCUUCCGCCACCUCGACGCGCUCGAAGAGCUGCACAUGGCGGGCAACAGGAUCGCGUCGGUCGCCAGCGACGCGUUCAAGCCACUCAAGAAGCUGAGGACGCUGGACCUCAGCCAAAACUACCUGGAGAACCUCCCGCUCAACGCGCUCCGGCCCCUCGAGACGCAGAUCCGCAGCCUCAGGACGGAGGACAAUCCGCUCCAUUGCGGCUGCCAGCAGUGGGAGCUGUGGCAGUGGUUCCAGGACCACCAGAAGCUGUCGCAGCCCGAGCUGCGCUGCGAGUCGCCCAAGGAGCUGCGCGGCCAGGCCUUCCAGGACCUGGAGCCUCCGCGCUUCUGCGGCGCGCAGCUCGUCGUGGCGCUCGCCAUCCAGGACAUCCAGCCCGACUCGGUGCUCGUGUCGUGGCAGGGCGCGUCGGGCCCACUGCGCGGCUACCGCGUCGCCUACCACAAGCUGGACCACGACGACAAGGUGCGUGGCCGGAUGUUGGGACGGGAGGCGCGCAGCACACGCCUCAGCGCCCUGGACCCCAACACCCGCUACCUCAUCUGCGUCCUGGCGGUCGCGAGCUGGGCCUCGCCGGACCCGGCGGCGUCCGCCAGCAGCGCCGCGACCACCACCACCUCCGCCACCCCGCUCGAGGGGGUGGUGAACGCCUCGAGGAUGAUCAGUGACGCGGAGCUGCGGCCCGACGGCCACGUGGAGGGCCGGAGCGCGAGUGCGCUGCAGCUCGUGGACUCGCAGACGUCGCGCUGCGCCGAGGUGCGCACCCUGGACGGCGGCGACCCCACGGGCGCGGCCACGGGCUCGUUCCUCACGCGCCGCCUGGGGCUCAUCGUGGGCUCGUGCAUGGGCUGCGUCGUGUUCCUCAUCCUCAUCGCCGUCCUCUCCUACACCAAGAUACGACAGGGCGCCAAGCGCGCGCAGCAGGAGAGCAGCAUGUCCAUGUCGUGCCAUCCCGUGGCGCUCUACACGUCCCACGAGGACGGCGUGUUCGCGCAGCCACUGUCGCUCAACUCGUAGCGGUGGGACGUGUUCUCCCAGCCGGGCUUCCCCACGGCCGUGACCGCCGCGACGGGCCUCGGGCCCCUGAGCGGCGGCGCCGGCCUCCAGCAGGCCUCGACGCCGGCCUCGUCGGCGCAGAGGUCGCCCCGGGCCAUGACGCCCAGGGGGGAGACCCGGUCACUCAGCGACUCCAGCAGCCAGCAGAGGUACUAGGCCUUCUGCGACACGCGUCCGUCCACGCCGCGCCAACGACAAGCACCUCAGCAGCACCCCAAAGACCGGUCCGAUGUGCGCCACUCGCAGCGACCACCGUCGGGCUGCCGGCAAUGUCACUCGUAAAGUUUGUAAAAGAGCGCAACAGGCGAGUGCCGAGGAGAGAGAACGGAUACGAAGGAACUCUCGUCGGAAUUGCCGCAGUCUACUUACUCUGUGGCGCACACCGAACCGACCAGCAAUCACCUUGUAAACUUUAAGAGAAAAGACGAAUCACGGGCACUUUGUUGUUAUUAUUAUGUUUUGUAAAUACAUAGCUAAGUUAUUUAUUUUGUCAUGUGCAUGAAGUUGGAGAAAAAAAUCGUGACCUUUUGUGGUAGUAAAGGCGUUAUUAUAAUGUUGACAUGGCGAAAACAAAGAAAUAUCGCCAGUAUCGGCAAA